AUGAGGAUUAAUCCCAUGAAUUUGGAUAAUUAUCCUCCUGAAGUAACCUACGAAAUACUUUCUCGUGUACCAGUUGAGUCUGCGUUUCAGUGCAAGCAAGUAUCAAGAACUUGGCGUAAUUUCUUCGAUCAUAUUAACGAAGGUAUGAUUUUUGCCAUCGGUUUAAACAACAAAGAAAAGCCUUCUUUUAGACUUUAUUAUGCAGCGCGUGACAUGAUUAAGAACAAUAUCAAAGAAGAUGAUCCUGUUUAUAUCUGCAACCCUUUCACAAGAGAAUCUGUAAAUCUUCCGAGGUUAGCAGCAGCAAUCAGCCCAGAUGGCUUAGUAGUGAGCGGGUUUGGUUUUGAUUUGCAUAACGAACAGUACAAGGUUGUCAGAAUCUACUACCCUGACAAAAACCUCGAUGUUGGACAUGUGGAAGUGUACACUCUCGGUGGUGGCACCGGGUGGAGAAAUAUAGGAGAGGUUGCAUACUCUUUAUGCUCAUCACCGGCCGGUAUCCUUGUCGACGGAAUACUGCAUUGA